GAUCAUGGGCCCCAAAAGGGCUGCGGGCGACGCGGGCUCCCACCUCAGGGCGCAGAGACUGGGGCGAGAGGUGCCGGCAGCCCCCAAGCCAGCCCCGCGGCAAGGAGCCAGAGAGACGCGCCCUCCCCCUCCUCCCACGCAAGCCUCACGCAGCGGGGUGGGCCAGUCGCGGGAGAAAGGGGCGCGCUCGCCCCGCCCGGGGAACCGGGGCCUCUCCCGGGCAGGUUCCCCUUUGUCCCGGGACUCUGGGCGCCUCCUCUCCGCCCUCGCCCUGCCGCGUGAGGCCGCCACUGGGCGCCUCACCGUGAUGUUGCAGUGGAGCGUGAGCUGCGGCGGCGGCUCCUGGUUCUUGUGGAAGAUAGACGCCAACAACUUCAGCUUGGCCUUGAACCCUCACACGGACAUUUUACUCUCACCUCUGGCGGGAGGGGCGCGGAAGAGUUCAUUAGUUUCUGUUUGCUCUCAGUUAAUAUCCAGCUCAACAGAUUGUCACCAACCAUGUGCCUGGAGCUAACUGUGUUAAGAAGAGCAUGCUUCAAGUGGCUGGAGUGAGCAAUUCAACUUGUGGAGGAAUGAGAAGUGACAGUGUUGAGACAAGCAACAUAAAACCCCAGGGAUGGCUGUGGGGAUCAAGGGAGACAGUGGCCAUAGGGAUACUAUGUUAACUGCAGAUGCGGCUGUAGGAGCACUUUGCUAACUUCCAACGUGAGUUCAGACUCUUCAGGCUAUUUGGCACCCAGAUCUAUGGUGAGGUGUGACAUAUGGGAUGUAAAGUUUGAUGCCUGCUCUGACUCCAGGCUUGCUAACACACACGAAACCUUUGGCAAAUCAUGACCCUGCCUUGGGGAAAAGGGCAGUCUGGGAGAGCUUCUUCAAGGCAGCCUGGCUUCAAUGCAGUCCGGGGCAUGACUGAGAUAGGCAUACGUGGUGAGGAACUGGAAGGUCACUGGGUAAAGAGCUGCAGUGUGGGCAGAGGUGUAGUGUGGGUCACAUUGAGGAUAGCCACUGGCCAAAGCAGGGAACAGAGACAGAAUGAGGAAGAGCUCUGUGGGGAGGGUGGGGCACAGGGUGGAGAACCUUCAAAGUCCAAAAAGUAUGACUUGUUGGGAUUCAACGCUGUAGGCAGUAGGGAGCCAUGGAAGGCUCUUAACUGGAGAAAUGACAGCUGGACAUUAGUGAGCAAGCCCUGUCUCCCUGAGCAGCAUGGGUGGUCCUCUGAGCACGCCAGGCACGAGUGUGCAGGGAGCUGGUGCAAAUGCCUCUGUGUGCGGGUGAGCAUCUGUGUUGUGACUCUGCCCACGCAUGUGCUUCAGUGUGCCGAGUGGCUGCACGCCCCAGAUCCAUGCGGCACGUGCCGGCCAGUGAGGGUGCUGGGCACCGGGAGGUGGCGGAGAGGGUGACGUAUGCAUGUUGUAUGUGGGCAUGUGUGUUAGCGUGUGCAUGCGGGCCGUGGGGCCUCACAGCAUGUGUGUGCACACUCCUGCAUGUGCGUGUGUGUGUCCCCCACCCCCAGGCCUGCCCCACCCACGCAUGUGACCUGCCAUGUGAUUUGAAGCUGUCUUUCAGAAUCACUAUCAGUGGCCCCUGAGGAGCGUCAGCCAUGGUAGGUACAUGUCUCGCUGCCUGCUGCAUGAAUGGUCUGCCCUUCCCACUGCCCCAGCUCCACACAGGGGGCAUACCUGGAGCCUCAGAGCCAGGCUCCCUGCCCCUCCCUUCUGGAGCUGCAGACUUGCUCUGUCCUCUUUCUGUCCUUGUGCUGUUGGCUGUCUCACUUUGCUCCCUGUGAGCCA